CCAUGUCGCGCGUAAGUGCCUUGUCGCGUUUCUCCGUGUCGUACGACAGUUUCUCUUUGUCGUACGUCAUUGUCUCCUUGUUGAUGUUCAGUGUGUUCUCCCCGUGUGUCUCUGACGAGAACCCUACGAUGAACCCUGAGGACACUCUUUACACCAGUGGAACACUCUCUGACCUUAGAGGGUACAAUCCAGCUGUGAAUGCUAUGGUGUCCAGUGACUACAAGUGUAUGGAGGACUGGGGUAUCACUUGUACGCUAGACUCUGAGUGCUGUUCAGGGGUCUGUGUGGGGCCAUUCUGUAAAAUCAUCGGCAUUGAAAAGGAAAAGAAAGGGAGGAAGAAGCAGAGGAAGCAUUGCAGAAACAAGGGUCCUACCCCGGGGAAGAAUUGAUACUCAUUAGUACAUUAAACACUGUAGCUUUUUUAAAUUUAUACAUUAAU